CAAUGGCCAUUUGAUGUGCGCCGGCUGCUUCACUCAUGUACUGGCUGACGCCAGGUUGCGAGAUGAAGUUGCGACCUGUCCGAAUCGCAAAAUCGAGCAACACAUCUGCAUAUCGAAAUCUCGCUGUGGAAAAGGCAGUUUCAGAGCUACCCCCUGAAUGUCACUACUGCGCAAAGGAGUUCCCGAGAAAUUCCUUGGAGCGUCAUGAAGAAACCAUGUGCAAAGAAAGAAUAUCAGCUGCAAAUACAGCAGAAUCGGAUGUCCUUGGGGAGGACCUAAUCACAAACUCCUAGAGCACGAGGCUCACUGUGUUCAUCCUCAUCGUACAUGAGCUGAUGUGAUGGAAGCAUUGCGUGAUAUUGACGCUAAAAAUUUGGAGAAACGUAAAUUCUUUGAUAACGUUGUGGCGUGCAUGUUUCCCGCAUCUGCGGGGCCUGGCAGAGAGCGUUCACAACGUUCUCGAGUUUUCGCCAAGCGGUCCCUCGCUUUAUUGCCUCACCGCAAUAAAGCGAUCCGCCGCGCGCGCGUUCGCUAAUCCCCCAGACGAGGCAGUCCCCGGAUUUUCGGCAGCCGAGCGGUCUGUCGCAUAUUGCACUUAGCAAUAAAACGAUCGGCCGCGCGCGCUCGAUAAUCUUCGGAAUUCUCAAAAAAGCACGCGCGCCACUCAUCCGCUAAAGUGCCCAAGCUAUCCCUUCCCUUCGGGCCUCAUGAGCGAGACCAACGUCUUCCCUCCGAGGCCUGAAGGGUGGCUUCGCUGGGGGCACUCAGCACUCUUGCUCGAACCAGAGACUUGCACAGACCUAGGCCCUCCUGCCUGUCCUGCGGUCUGCGUUCUGCCGAGCCAAGCGAAGUUUGACAUCAGUAUUUCCAAGCUCUCUAAAUAAAUACAAAGUUCAACCGAACACACGUGUCCAAUUUCUCCCUACCUCACCUCUACAAGCGCUUGCAGACUAAAAAUUGGUGACCCCGACGUGAUAUUAAGGUGAAGGAAGUGAUUGGACAAUUUCUAAGUGUUUUGUGUACUUGCGUGUAGUCGAGUGUUUUUAAAAUGCCAGAAACCGGUGACGUGUCCGCUAAUUCGGCGCCCGUGGUGAACAUGCACACGCCGCGGAAUUUCCGCGCGCCACCUUUCCUUGAAAACAAAAUCAAGGAUUGGUUCACGCUGUUGGAGGCGCAGUUCGUCACUGCGGGUAUUACAGACGACAACAUUAAGUAUUGUAAUACCAUCUCGAGUUUGACGGAGAGGGCCAUCAACCAGAUGGAAGAUGUCCUGACAGAGCCACCCGAUACGGACAAGUACACGGAUUUGAAGACGAAAAUGGUCGAGCGGUUCACGGAAUCCGACGGCGCGCGAGUGCGGAAGUUAUUAGAAGGAGAGCAGAUAGGCGACCGUAAGCCAUCAGAAUUUUUCCGUGCCUUGAAAGCGCAUGCCACCGCGAACACUUCGGAGGAGUUCAUACUCGAACUGUGGAAAACGCGCCUGCCCUCGCAAUUGCAGACAGUUAUGGCGGCUUCCAGCGAGACAGCCGUAGAUAAAAUUCUGAAACUGGCCGACACGGUCCAUGAGAUAACUCCCAGUAAACAGGUCAACGCGGUCAAUGAUAUGUCGGGAUUAUUCGAACAAAUUCAGAAGUUGACCAUUCAAGUGAACGCGUUAACGCAAGACCGAAGUCGCUCCCGCGCUAGAGGAGCAUCUCGUGCGGCUCGCAGCCGACCGUCCACACCUGCAUCGGCGCGCAUCGAGCCGACGGAGUUGUGCUUCUAUCACCGUCGCUUCAAGGAACGUGCAACGAAGUGCCGCAGUCCGUGUACCUGGUCGGGAAACGACGCGCGUCGUCAGUGAAUGCGGCAAGCAUUGACGGAUUAGCGCAUCGCCGCAUCUACGUUGAGGACUCUAAUUCGCGCAAGACAUUCCUGGUUGAUACCGGCGCCGAUCUGUGUGUGUAUCCACGAUCGUGGCUUACGGACAAGCGGGAAAAGUGCGCGUACGAGUUGUUCGCCGCCAACGGUUCGACCAUCGCGACUUACGGAAGUGUGCUGUUGACGCUGAACCUCGGCCUCCGCCGCGAGUUCAUGUGGCCAUUUAUCGUCGCGGAUGGAGUUCCGCAAUUAUUGGCAUCGAUUUUUUAUCGCAUCACGGCUUGUUGAUAGAUGCCAAAAAUAAGUCGUUGAUAGAUAACGUGACUGGUUUGUCAUCGCGCGAGUUUCUAACCGGAGAAGAAGAACCGGGUAUCAAAACAGUAGUAGGUGAUUCUCCGUAUCACCAGCUACUUGCGAAAUACCCCGAUCUGACGCGCCCGCCGACUUUUCGAGGAAACUCGGUAAAGCACAAGGUGCAACACCAUAUCGAGACGACGCCAGGACCUCCGGUACACGCCAAGUGCCUUCGCCUUUCGCCCGUACGACAGAAGAAAGCCAAGGACACCUUCGCGAUGCUAAUAGAGCUGGGGAUCAUGAGGCCCGGCAAGGGCUCAUGGGCGACUCCCCUUCACAUGGCUUCCAAGAAGGAUGGCGAUCCACGGCCGUGCGGCGACUACCGAGGCCUCAACGCCCGCACCAUCCCCGACAGGUAUACGCCACCGCACAUCGAGGACUUCGCGCAUAACUUGUACGGUAAAAAAGUAUUUUCUAAGGUCGAUCUCGUGCGUGCGUUUCAUCAAAUACCUAUCGCUCCCGAAGACGUCGAAAAGGCGGCAAUAAUUACGCCUUUCGGUCUUUUCGAACCGGUAAUGAUGAUGUUCGGGCUACGCAAUGCAGCACAGACAUGUCAGCGUUUCGUCGACGAGAUUGUACGCGGAUUCGAUUUUGUCUACGCUUAUAUUGAUGAUUUUUUGAUCGCGUCCGAAAACGAAACGCAACACUUAGAGCAUCUGAAAAUGUUAUUCGAUAGAUUCACGAAAUAUGGUGUCGUGAUUAACCCUGCGAAAUGCGUAUUCGGUGUAAGUGAAGUAACCUUCCUCGGUUAUACGGUUAACGCCAGCGGCAUUGCUCCAAUGCAAGAACGCGUCGAAGGGAUCUCGAAAUUUACAUUGCCAGAGACGAUUAAAAGCUUGCGUCGUUAUCUCGGCAUGUUUAACUUUUACCGUAGAUUUGUUCCUCACGCGGCUAAAAUUUUGCACCCUUUGAACGCAUUACUAGGAGGUGCGAAAAAGGGCAACACGCCAGUUGAGUGGACCGACGAAGCUCGCGACGCCUUUUCGAAGUCGAAUACUGCUCUCGCGAAUGCAGCAUUACUCGCGCACCCAAUACCCGGCGCGCAGAUCAGUCUUGUAGUCGACGCUUCAGAUUUCGCGAUUGGCGGCGCAUUGCAACAACUAGUAGAUAAUGCUUGGCAACCUCUAGCUUUUUACACAAAAUCAUUGACUGAGGCUCAACGUAAAUACAGCGCGUACGACCGCGAGCUUUACGCUAUCUACAGUUCUGUCAAACGUUUUCGCCAUAUGCUAGAGGGCAGACAUUUUAUAAUUUUCACUGAUCAGAAACCGAUUACUUUUGCUUUCAAUCAAAAUUUAGACAAAUGUUCUCCGCGUCAGUUUAGACAUUUAGAUUACAUUUCACAAUUUACGACUGACAUUAGACACAUUAAAGGUUCCGAAAAUUACGUAGCCGAUGCAUUAUCUCGCGUUGAAGCAAUCGCCUCAUCGGUUGAUCACAAUGCACUCGUGUCCGCUCAGAAAGCUGAUACCGAAUUACGCGAGAUGCUGAGCGACGAAAAAUCAGCACUCCAAUUGAAAAAGGUAUACUUUCCGGACCAGAACGUGCAUUUCUAUUGUGAUACGACGAGCGACGUUGUACGGACGUUCGUCCCCGUGUCUUUGCGCCGCGCAGUGUUCAACUCACUGCACAGCCUGUCACAUCCCGGGAUGCGCGCUACACAGCAGUUAAUAACUUCGCGUUUCGUGUGGCCGUCGAUUAAUAAGGAUUGUAAAGAAUGGACGCGGGCGUGCACUUCGUGCCAGCGCUGUAAAGUCACUCGACACGUCUCCGAGCCUGUUCAACAAUUCGAGACAACAGCAAAUCGUUUUGAACACAUUCACAUCGAUUUAAUUACCAUGAGUCAUUGCCAAGGUUUCAGAUAUUGCUUGACGUGUAUCGACCGCUUUACUCGCUGGCCCGAAGUCAUUCCGCUAGCCGAUAUGGAAGCUACGACCGUCGCGAACGCUCUGCUUUCGACUUGGAUCGCUCGAUUUGGUCUCCCUACCUCACCUCUACAAGCGCUUGCAGACUAAAAUGUGUUUGAUCCCCUUUCAUACGAAAAAAUUAUUUAAUGAUUCACAAAUGAAGCCGUAUCGCACAGAUGAGUUUGUGCAUAAGCUAUUUUACGAAACUUCACGAUUUACAGCUUUCAACAAUCAGUGGGUUGUUACUGCACGAAUAAAUAACAGCCAACGAGAUCCAACUCAAAGCUCACAACGUGAUAUGACUUAUCAAGAAUGCGUUAUUUCGUAACCAUAAGAUUAUCAGAAUUUCGUCACUUAUUGUAGACUUUAAUGUUAAUUCGUCUGUUUUCAGUUAAUUCUCAAAACAAAAACUACAUGCCCACUUUCGCUUCAUUAUGUCACACUCAAAGGACCCUUUGGCGACAUGAAGGUUCAGCCAAAAAUUCACAGAUUCGAUUUCACUGAUCAAGAUAAUGAAAGCCCUUACUUACUUUUAGAUGCAGCUGGAUGCAAUAGACUACUGGCUGCAAAAGCCACCAGCUUUCGGCCUAUAAUGUUUUUCGCAUCUAAGUAGCCUGGUACAAGAAAUGUACUACACCAAAUUUGAGAACUUAAUCACUAUAAAUUAAUCCCUGACGCAUACAUUUUUUUAGGCUUAAUAACGUUAAUGUUUGCAAGUAUGAAUAAAUUAGAAGCUAUCAUUUACGUCAACACGUUUCAAUAUGAAACGGAUAAUAAUGACUAUAGGCUGUAACUUUUGAUUAUCAGAGAAAAUUUUGAAAGAACGCCUAUUUUGACGGGCGAGAGCCACCAGUUCUUAGUUGAGAAAUGUUGUGCACUACCGGAGGAAAAAGAUUACCAACAUUAAUUCUAUAAAUAUUAUUAUUGAGUAGACAUAAAUAUUUCCGAUUUGGCUAUUAAUAUUAAGCUAUGUUAAAAAAAAUUACAUAGUGUACCGGUCUACACCGUUUUCAUUAUAGAGAAUAUACAGUUUUUCGAGUUUUUAUAUAUCUAAACACCAUAUUUAAAUGGAUAUGACAAAAUCAUUGUUUUGUUAAUAGUUAUAAAUCAAGCGAUAUACUAAUAUCUAUCAAUGUGAAGUUAAAAAUUAGAUUAAUCUGAGAAAGAAAAAUUAUUAUAGUAUCAAAUUAGUAUUGUAACUGAAUAUAGAUUUAAAUAAAACAAUUGCCCUGCACACAAAAUCCUGAAAUGCAGUUAUUCAAUCAGUUUCAAAAAAAUCCAAAAAUUCCAACGUGACAUAUAAGAAAUUUAAAGGAUUUCAAUUAAAAUAAAAAAUAAUAAAUUUUAUAUUAAAAUAUAUUAUUCUUAUUAAGUACAUACGUUAAUUACAUUUAUAUAAUACUUUUACAUACAAUUAGAUAGUGGAAAACGUUAAUUUCUUAAGUUUUUUCGAAACAAUAAUUCUUUUACUUAUUAUAAGUCAUUUUUUAAACUUAAAAAAUCUCUUUACUUUGUACUCAUCAGGAGAAAGAUAUCAUAGUAGAUUACAUUUACAGCUCUGACAAAUUGAUAAAUGUUCUAUUAGGUGGUUUAGAUCCGUUGACAUUGUUUGGCGGAAAGAUCAAGGGAUUGAGGGUAGUGCUGUUCUCUUGUCACGUCGUGUGACUCAUCGCAUAAAUUUAUUAAAAAAACUAAAACAUGAUAGUCAUUAGAAUAUUGAAAUUCAAACUCUCAAAAGAAGAAUGCAUUGCGUGCGCGAAAAGGUUUCGACACACGGCCGAAUGCAUGUCAGUAUCGAAUCAGUGAAAUGAUAAAUCAGCAAUUCGUGACGUUGUAAGCGAGCGCUACUUUUUAUGUAUACAUUUUCCGUAAUUUUAAGUUUGUAAAUAUUGCAAAAAUUACGAUAUGAACGAAGGUUUUAAAAAGCCUUAUACGCACUCAAACGGGCAGUUCGUACUCAGUCACGGGCUCCGUACGAGUCGGUUCGACAAUUGGCGAUGUAUUUGUGAAAGCAGUUUUCAUUAUAAAUAUCUAUAUCGCAUUUCAUUCCUGUUAUACGCGAAUAAUAUUGUAAGAGAAUUGUAUAUAGCUAGUUAAAUAAACAAUAGAGUUACAGUGGAAUAUAAUUCGUGUUUUAAAAGUCCUUUAUAACCAAAUCCUAUCUAUCCAGUACGAGCUUAAAUGUGCAUUCUGGCAUCUAAGCAUCACCGUACUCAAAGGUGCGAAUACAUUACUUUGAAUACACCGUAGAACACAGUUUGGAAGAUGAGGCGACAAUCAAAACGUUAUGACAUCUGGGAAUCGCUGCGUCGCAGAAUUCCUAUAGUCGUCUGGCUUCCACAAUAUUCCUGGGGAAACCUCCUACAAGAUGCUUUGGCCGGAACGACCGUUGGUCUCACUGUCAUACCCCAGGGAAUCGCUUACGCCGUGGUUGCGGGUUUACCGCCACAGUAUGGACUUUACAGCAGUUUUAUGGGCUGUUUUGUGUACAUUUUUUUUGGAAGUACCAAAGAGGUAACAGUUGGACCAACAGCUAUCAUGGGUUUAAUGGCGCAGCCUUUUGUUCUGACCUAUGGCGACGAUUUUGCAGUGUUGCUGUGCUUUCUUACAGGCUGCUUGAUAACAGCGAUGGGUCUGCUUCGUCUUGGCUUUCUAGUCGAUUUUAUCAGCUUGCCUGUGAUAUGCGGCUUUACAAAUGCUGCAACAAUCAUAAUAGGAUCAUCACAGAUCAGCAAGUUUUUCGGCAUUAGCGGACGCAGCGAGUCUUUCAUCGAUGCCCUAAAGAAGUUUAUCCAGCACUUUAUGGAGAUUCAGCUCUGGGAUACGGUUCUUGGUGUCUGCUCAAUCGUUACUCUCGUGCUGUUAAAGAAUCUUCCGGGCAAGAGACAUGGCAAUUGGCUAAAGAAAUGCAUGUGGUUGAUUUGCCUGGCACGCAACGCCGUCGUCGUGAUAACAGGUAUGGUACUUGCCUACUGUCUUUCGUUGCACGGUCAGGAACCCUUCAAGAUCACCGGCAACAUAACGGCAGGUCUCCCUUCCUUCCAGCCACCGCCCUUCACCACUAUUCAUAAAAACGAGACAUACACUUUUGUAGACAUGAUGAACAUACUCGGAAGCAGUGUCAUUUCCGUACCUCUAAUUGCUCUUCUUGAGAGCAUUGCUGUCGCCAAGGCUUUUGCAAAGGGUAAAAAAUUAGACUCGAACCAGGAGAUGAUAGCCGUAGGUCUAUGCAAUGUUUUUGGUAGCUUUGCACGCUCGAUGCCGACUACCGGAAGUUUCUCGCGCACGGCCGUGAACAACGCGUCAGACGUGAAAACACCAAUGGGUGGCCUCGUCACUGGUGCCCUCGUACUUCUCGCCUGCGGUCUCCUCACCUCAACCUUUAAAUUCAUUCCAAAGGCUACACUUGCUUCCGUCAUUAUCGUGGCCAUGUACUACAUGCUUGAGAUAAGAGUGUUGCAAGUGCUCUGGAAAACUAAAAAACUUGAUCUAAUACCACUAGUAGUCACCUGGCUGGUUUGUUUAUCGGCUGGUUUGGAUAUUGGCAUGAUCGUUGGUAUCGCAACAAAUCUAGGAUUGCUUUUAUACGGGACCGCGCGACCGGGUCUGCUCAUCGAGGAACGCACUGUCAAUGAUAUUCCUGUUCUUUUCGUUUCGCCACUACAGUCUCUAAAGUUCCCUGCGGCCGAAUAUCUUCGGGAACAAAUCAUGACCUGGUGCGACAUAUCAAAGAAUACAAACAUUAUUGUGCUCGAUGGUCGUAAUAUAAUUGGUAUUGACGCCACAGUAGCAAAGAACCUGUCCCUCCUUAACUUAGAUCUAGAAUCAAAAAAACAGAGGCUCAUCUUUUGGAACUGGUGUGAGAAUGCGCGUAAGACUCUUGUCGCUUUCGAUAGCUCUACUGAUUCACAUUUCCGGACUUUUGGAGAUCUUGUAGAACUCGAAGAAAUUUUAACGUCUGCAGAGAUAAUAAGGAAAGAGUCAUCAAAUUUAUAGUUUUAUUUUGACAUUUAAAAUAAUUACAGAAUGAUGAUAUCAACCAAAAUAAGUAAACAGAUAUUAUACAGAGAAUGAUAGGAUGUUGGCGCGACACUACAUCUGUUUUUCGUGCAAGAGAGAAAAAAGCCUCGUCAUCCUUCUUUGUUAAAAAAGUGAUCCAUGACAACGGAAGCCGAUUAAAACGAGAUGUGAUUGAUUGUCUCCUAAAAUUUGAAGCAUUCUAUCCUCUGAAAUCUAUGCCCGUGGAGUGCGCAUAAAUGCACCUAGUUUUUCAUAUCGAGGGGUGCGACAUUGUCACGAUGGCAAAUAAGUGGAGCUGCCGCGCCACUUGACUUUUGACAGUAUUCAAAGCAGAUGUUUGUAGACCCAAGGAGUUCGUCCUGUUAUUUAUUUAUUUAUUUAUUUUUACUUCUUAUCCUAGAUAACGAUUCGUAAUCGCAUAAUUUUUAGUUCUGUUGAAAAAGUGUUUUUCCAAAAUGCCCACAUAUAAAUUUGUAUCCUUUCAUUCUGAAUUUAGAUGUAUUAAUUCAUUUUUAUGGUGAAUUUUUUGAAAUUGUAUUUAAAUAAAUUUGUCAUUCAUGAAAAAAAAAUUAAUUUGUACUUUAUAAAAAAGUUUUAUUAAAAAAAUCAUGUCUC